AUGCUUCCUAACCUCUUAGUAUUCCUUUUCUUAUUACCCUUCUUACUCUCUUGUGUCCAUUCACACGAAGAGUCGGGUCCUUGGAGAUGCGAUUCCGGGUCAGAGAUCCGAAUUGACUCCGACUUUCAACCCGGCGUUAUUACACUCGAUGGUCACGCCGACGAUUGGAAGGACAUUGAGGGGUCCAAGUUCGCUCUUCUCCCCGCCCUUGACCCUGACGCUGAAAACGAAUUCAAUGGCGGAAAAAUGGCCGUUAAGAGUGUGCAUGAUGGCCGGGAUAUUUUCUUUUUGCUGCAAGUUGAUAGUGAUUACGCAUACGCUAGUGGUGAAAGCAAGAAAUGUCCCUCUGUUGCACUUAUGUUUCCAAUUGGGAAUAAUGCUUCCUAUCAUAAUAUGGGUGGCUGUGAGGAACAUUCAACAUCGUGCACAAGUAAGACCUGCAAAGGUCAUGAAGUUGACAUAAUGCACUUUUCACUUGGAAAUGCUAUUCCAGGACGGCUUUAUGGUGGGAAUCCCAUUAACAAUAGGGAUGGAAAUGGCGGCGACAGGUUUGGCCAUUUGGUUGAUCUUUAUGCCUGGAAUCCGCAUUGCAGAUACUUGGAUGGAAUGGGCCCUGCAAAUUCUGAUAAUGAUUCUAGUGCACAGAAUGAUUGGAAAGGUGCUUGGUGGCAUAGCAGCUUUACAGUUCACUCAGGUUUUGUACAUGAUGAGAGUCCUUAUGCAGAGAAUGGAAAAAAGGGUACAUUUUUUUUUGAAUUCUCCAGGCCUUUGAGGACUAUGGAUCAUCUGCAACAGGACGUGCAAUUCACCCUUGGUGAAUCAAGCAAGAUGUCUGUUGCAUUCUGGUAUCCAGUAGACAAUCAACCAUGGCACGGUUCGGGACACUAUUCGAUUAACUGCGAUUGGGUUGCAAUCGAUAUAUCUCAGAGCAGUUCCAGUUCUUUGAGUGGCAAGUCAGUAGACGUAUCAGCAAGUAGCUCAUGGAAUAUUGCAAGUGCAUUUUCACUUAUACUUUCAUUAGUAGCACUUUGUGUGUCUGUGUUUGUGAGUUAUAGAGUUUUACAUCCCAAGGGUGUUCAAUUUACUCCAAUGGAGGAACUUUAA